GGUCGUUGAGACGGGAAUCGCAAGGACACUAACUGCAUGAUAUCACUGUAUUUGGGAUGAUGAGCCUCCACGCAGCUGGUAAAAUACAGCAACAUUUGGGGUAAAUUUACGUUUAGCUAGUCCUUAGAAAAAACCAUAUUAAAAUCCGCUUCAUAAAUUAUUUUACUUGCAACAAAUAUUUGUACAUAAGCGGCUGUCGAGUUCAGCGAACAGAACAAAAUGAGUGUUUUGCCUGGAGGCGAAUCUUCAGCGAGUCAGACUAUGUUUUUCGUGGCAGUAGCACUGGCGUUGGGAGCAUUCAUGGUGGCUGGCAACACCUUUACGGUCGUGUCCGUUUUGGUUUUCCCGAAACUUCGGACGCUACCCAACAUGUACGUGGUGUCAUUGGCCACUACGGAUGCUCUGGUCGGGCUUCUGCAAGUGUACGUGGCUGUCUACUACAUCCCCACUGUCCGCACGUGGUUCGACUCUACCGAGGCGGCCUGCACCAGCAUGUUGUCGUGGGGUUAUACCACAGUCGUCUGCUCGGGACUCAACAUGUGCCUCAUCGCCUUCGAUCGUUAUCUCUACAUCGCCAAACCUUUCUUUUACGUCAGGGUCAUCAGUAAGAAAAGGAUCGCCAUGGUCAUUGUAGCCGCUUGGUUUCUAGCGGUCUGCUAUGGCAGCAUAACCAUGUACCACAACUUAUUUCAGACCGCAAGGAUCUGCACCAUACACAAAGUCGUCCCUCUUGUGCUGAGAUCGUUCUCGUCAUCUGGACUGUUCUUCCUUUGCUGCUGCAUCACUGCUGUCAUUUACGCAAAGCUAGCUGCUCUUACUUUACGACACAAAAGAGCUAUAGCACUUCUUACUGCUAGUGAUUCUGCCUUCAAUCGGCGACCUCAGAACAGCCAUCCUUUUUCGAAAUCUUCUCUGAGAGCGAUGAAAUUGUUUUUUGUUGUCUUCGGUCUGCUGGUCGCAUGCUGGUCACCGUAUUUUACAGUCGAGCUGGUCUCCGCCUUUUGUGACUUUCCGGGAUAUGAGCUCGCCUACAAAGUUACGUUGUUUUUGGGAUUUUUCAACUCUGGUAUCAACAUCUUCGUCUACCCUUAUUUUGACAAAGAAUUCAGAAGAGCAUACAGGAGUCUCCUGUGCCGCUGCUGUGACAGAGUAAACACGCUACGAGUGAAGUCCAGCGGACCAGAUGCUGUUCUAGGGAUGAACCUGCAAGAUGGACAAAACGAAGAAGUAAGGCCACCACGCGUUUCAAUGCUUCGUAUUUAAUCCCGAAUCACUGCUGACGCUUCCUGGCACGUUUAUGUGGAGGAUAACAUUUACUGACUCUCAAUUCGCUGUCUAAACUACAGAUGUCACAGUGAUUGUUACCUGAAGCCGCAAUGAAUAAAUUCCCCAAUCAGGGAUAUAGCUUAAGGUAAUGCCGACAUCUUAAAUAAUUAAGAUGCCUUUUUCGUUUAUGCCAUGUCUUUUGUUUUGUUUAUUAGAUCACUACCAUAGUCUAGAAGAAGAUUGAUUUUAAGAAGUGUCUCAGUCACAACAAACAAGCAACAAUUCAAUAGGUACCAUUUUGAAAACAUGACGUUGAACCGAUAUGAGUAUCUGAAUUUUCAGAAAAGUGGUCUACAACGAUCCAGCACAACUCCAUUGCCCUAUCCGACACCUUGAUGAUAAUUACAAUCAAUCGGCAUUCUGACAGCCAAAAUUUAUUUAUAGCAAUGUAAAAGGAAAAUACAAAUAUAGCAGUCAAAAAUAAUUAGGUUUACUAAUGCAGUGGACAAGUAUCGUUUAAUCUUUUUCCACAUCCUCAAUAAUUCCCACAAAGUUCUGUACAUUCGUGUGUAAAGGAUUUCUAGAGAAAUCAAAGUUUUAUGCCACCAAUGUAGAGUAUAGACGCUUCAUCGUAGAAAUUAGUGUUGUGUAGAAAACUUCCAUUCUUGUUGCACUUAACUGCUGCACACGCUUCUUUAAAGAUGAAAGCGAAAAAAGUGCACAUCCAAAUGACUAAUUGCUCUUUGAUGUUGUUAACGGUAACUUAGCAGACCUUUAUUUGGAAGUGACAUUGUUUGUACUUAUUGUACCCGUGUAAACCAUUGUUAUGAGAAACCUCUUUGUUCCUGCUGUUGCUGCUUUUACUGAGUUUUUUUUUCUAAUUUACAACCUUGUAUAAAUACGUCUAAAAAGUACAUUUAACUAUAUUGAUAUACACAUAAACAUUAUUUUAAAAAAUCUCAUUUACAUUUGAUUACUGUACCUACGAGCGUUCGUAAUAGUAUGUUUUUUCGAUGUUCCCUUGAAGGUGACAAAUAAUUCACGGCCGAUAAUGUCCAGCGAAAGAGAACUGUUUCUGAACCUAAGUAUGAAAGGAAUUAAAAUAUAUUUGUCUGCUAUAUUUCACUUGGGUCUAAUUCUGAUAACAUGCAUGUUUGAUGACUGCCUUGGUACAGAUAUUGGGCUGGUAUCGUAUUAAAAUAGAUUACCUCAUGUAUGUUUCACGACAAAAAGAAAGUAUUUCGCCCAGAUUCAUACAUUAAUAUAAAUUUGAACACACUUUUGCUUAGUAUGCCCGUGCCGUGACUCUAAAAGACGUUCUUGAUAGCGACAUUCACACUUACCUAAGCAUUAAAUAGAAAAACUCAAGCAAGCAGGCAGGCAAACACACAUUGCAUCACCAUCACUCCCCUGUAUUACUUGCUAAACCUUAAAUAGCCAUAAAUAUGAAACAUUGAAGAUAUGACGUAUUGCCACCCACCCAGCCCAUUGUGCAAUCGGUACUCCUUGCCCGGUGCUUAGUACUCGAUACAUUGAUGAAUGAUAAUAUUACUUCCUGCCCACCCAGAAUCAACAUUUGGAACAUCAAUGACAUUGGUGCACAGUGCAUCAGUUGUGACUGAUGUUUGGACUACCAAGCGAGUUGGUCGUCAGCAUUCAAGACACGUGAUAGUUUGUUGUUUUUUCUUAUUUAAAGUGCGACAUCAACAUUCAAAAGCUAAUCAGAUUUAAGGCCUAAAAGUGUUUAAAUUACAAAUAUGUUAUGCAGCUGGCCCCUGGGUGCUGGCGACCAUCGACCGACCUCGGCUUUCUAAUGCUCGUCCCCUCAACGUUUGGGACUCUAGUGACACUGCAGGUUGCGCCUACUAUACCUUCAUCA